CCGGGGGGGAGCGCGCGGCUCGCAUCUUUUGUGUGUGUGUGCGCGCGCGCGCCGGGCGGCUCGCCCCUCGGCGGGGCCGCGCGGGGGACGGCUCUUUGUGCGCGCGCCCUGCCCCCAGCCCGCCGGGGGACAAUGUCUCAGCCCCGAGGCAAGAAGAGAAACCCUGGGCUGAAAAUUCCUAAAGAAGCAUUUGAGCAACCACAGACAAGCUCCACGCCACCCAGAGAUCUGGACUCCAAAGCCUGCAUCUCUAUUGGUGAGGAGAACUUUGAGGUGAAGGCCGAUGACCUGGAGCCCAUCUCCGAGCUGGGACGAGGUGCGUACGGGGUGGUGGAGAAGAUGCGGCACGUGCCCAGCGGGCAGAUCAUGGCAGUGAAGCGGAUCCGAGCCACGGUGAACAGCCAGGAGCAGAAGAGGCUGCUGAUGGACCUGGAUAUCUCCAUGAGGACAGUGGAUUGUCCCUUCACUGUCACCUUUUAUGGGGCACUCUUCCGAGAGGGAGAUGUGUGGAUUUGCAUGGAGCUGAUGGAUACCUCACUGGACAAAUUCUACAAACAUGUCAUUGACAAAGGCCUGACGAUUCCCGAGGACAUCCUGGGGAAAAUCGCAGUCUCUAUUGUGAAAGCACUAGAACAUCUCCAUAGUAAGCUCUCCGUGAUCCAUCGAGAUGUAAAGCCCUCUAACGUGUUGAUCAAUACGCAGGGGCAGGUGAAAAUGUGCGAUUUUGGGAUUAGCGGUUACCUCGUUGACUCUGUUGCUAAAACCAUGGAUGCAGGAUGCAAACCCUACAUGGCUCCUGAGAGAAUUAACCCAGAGCUGAACCAGAAGGGAUACAGCGUCAAAUCCGACAUCUGGAGCCUGGGGAUCACCAUGAUCGAGCUGGCCAUCCUGCGCUUUCCCUACGACUCCUGGGGCACGCCCUUCCAGCAGCUCAAGCAGGUGGUGGAGGAGCCCUCGCCACAGCUCCCAGCAGAGAGGUUCUCAGCAGAGUUCGUCGAUUUUACCUCGCAAUGCUUGAAGAAGAAUUCCAAAGAACGGCCAACAUACCCAGAGCUUAUGCAACAUCCUUUCUUCACCCUGCACGAAUCCAAAGAGACAGACGUCGCCUCUUUUGUCAAGCUCAUCCUGGGAGACUGAGAACUGGACUUGGAAAAGAAUUGCCCUUCUGUGGACUGGUGGGUGCAGGGGAGGGGCACGUGGCAGGACUUGUCAUGGAAGCACCAACAGAAAGUUGCCGUGUUUUGUUUUGUUUUGUUUUGGUGUGGUUUUAUUCUGAGAAACCCCCGCCUCGCCCGAGUUUUUUUAAAGGGUUCUUUGGUAUCCAUAGUGACAUAGAACGAGCUGGUUAGUGGAAUGAAUUUUAAUAAGGUUGGUAACCUUAAAACAAAAAACAAAACAACAACAAAAAAAUUUUUUUUUGAAAGAGUGAUUUACAUAUUUAAUGACCGUCAAGGUUCCUCUUCCUAACUUGCUCCUCAUCCCCCUUCCCUUCCCCUUGAACCAGAAUUUGCUUUGUCAUGGUAAUAGGUGCUAUGGUAGUCAUGAAGUUGUAUGUAGAUUUAUAUUUUGUCCCUUCCAUUAUUUUAAUAUUUAUGUUAAGUGCUUGAUGGAAUAGAUUUCUGUUUUAUAUGAGGAUGAGUGCGUGGUGAUGAUGAUGAUGAUGAUGCAAAAUGAGGCCACAGCAAGCAGCACUUGUAAGGCUUUGCUGGGGAAAAGGUGUCCGAGGAGAGGAGAGAGGAGAGGAGAAGUGUCCCUGAUGUGGAAUAUAUUUAAUGUGCAUCAUAAAAGGAAUUGAUAAGAAGACUUGCAGCUCAGCUGUGUCAGGGAGGAAGGCCCUGGUGUCCCCUGUGGUCACCUCUUCUCCAGACACCAAGCUCCAAGUCUGGAGCUUCCCAGCCCUGUCCCACCCCCUGCCCUGCUGGAGAGGCAGGCUGGGAGCUCUGGGAGUCACUGGGACAGUGUUUGGGACAAUGUCUGGGACAAAAGGCCCGGAGGGAAGGAAGGAGGCUGCCAGAGGAGUUGCACAAAGAAGAGGAGGAGGCUGCCCUGGUCAGUGCCCACCUGCCCAGCAGCGUUGCAGUGCCCGAGGCUGCCUUGGGCUGGGGAUGAGCUGCUUUGGGCCUCCACGGGAGCUCCUCUCUGCUCCUCGGGGUGAGCCAGGAUCACAGGAUGCACGGUGUGACACCUGUGACAAAUGGCACGGUUUAGUGCUGGUUUCCAGGGCUCCUGGCACUGCUUUGGCAGCAAUCCCUCCGUGCUUGCCCACAGGGUCUGGGAGUGCCAGCGCUGCCAGGAGCCCGUGCUGGCAUGUGGGUUGGGCUGUGUCCAGCCCCAGCUGGGAUGCUGCAGGCAGCCAGCAGCACUGGGCUCUGCCCUGGGCUGCAGGUGGGACCUGCAGCCUGGGAAACCACACAGGGACACCACAGCCCACCCUGCCCAGGAGCCCCUUGCUGCUGGCUGGGUCCCUGGGGACAAGCUGCAAGCCAGGGGCAGGAGAAGGGGGCUGGUGAGGUGGGAGAGGAGCUGGAGAUCCCUCUGCCCUCGGGUCAGUCGGUGUCUGGAGCAGGGGGCACGGUGAGUGUUGCUGAGCCCGGAGCGAGGCCGCUGGCUCCACAUUAACGCUGCUUUGAGCCACACCUGCCCAGCUGCCUGAGCUCCUCUGCCUUUGCCCGUGGCUCCUUCCCCCAGCCCUGCCACGGGGCCUGCCUGUGCGUUCUGGGGAGGCUGCACAAGUGCCUCGUGCCCCUGCACCACGCGCUUCCGUCCCCACCCCUCGCUUGGCCACGGCCCCUCAGAGCCAGGUCUGACCAGAAACACGCCCUGCUCUGCAGUGCUGAACCUGUGCAGGUGUCAACUGACCCUGUGCCAAUGUCACUGACCCUGUGCAGGUGUCACUGACCUUGUGCAGGUGUCACUGAACCCUGCUCUGCAGUGCUGAACCUGUACAGGAUGUCACUGACCCUGUGCAGGUGUCACUGAUUGUGUGCAGGUGUCACUGAACCUGUACAGGAUGCCACUGAACCUGUGCAGGUGUCACUGAACCUGUACAGGAUGCCACUGACCCUGUGCAGGUGUCACUGACCAUAUGCAGAUGUCAUUUACCCUGUGCAAGAUGUCAUCUCACCCUGCUGUGCCAGGUUAGCAGCUCCAGGCUCUGCUGGUGCAGGGUGGAACAGUCUGAGGGGAUUUUGGGAAGGGAUCCCCUGGCAGGGCAGUGUUCAGAGCAGGGCUGUGGGCUGGUGGCACCUCCCGUGCUGGGGACAUGCUGGGGACAUGCCAACACUUCAGAGAGGCGCACAAAGACACCGCCAGUGCCUGGGCUGUCACUGUCACUGCCACCACAGCCUGUGGUGCUGCAGCUCUGCCCUGGGCUGGCAGUGGCAGACAGGGGAGCAUUUGUGGGAUUUAUCAAUCCCUGUGCCCUCGGCUGCAGAGCAGGGCUAGCAGGAAUCAGGGUGCCAUUCACAGCUCGUGCAGGUUUGGGGAGGAGGUUCCCCUUGCCCAGCCCUCGGGGCAGGACAAGCUCCAUGUCUCACCCUGUGCCCAGGGGAACCUUUCAGGUUAUAUUUUGUGGCGGGUGAAACACGAGGAUGUUUUACUUCACAGUGUAAUUUUAAGAGGCCUCGCAUGGCUCAUGAUCUGCCCUCUCAUAUUCCAUGGUGUGUGUGUGUGUGUUUUCUCUCUCUCGCUUUCUCAGAGUCACAGAGCUGUUUUGAUUGAUUGUCCUCAGCUGCAGCUGAAAGUCCAGCCAGCCAGUUUAUAGACUUGGUUCCAGCAUCAAUUCUCACUUUGAAAAACAUGACAUUUAAAACCACCCUUUGGUUUUCCUACAUAUGGAUCUGAUGCUUUUGUUCAAGAUUGUUUUUGCUGCUUUUCCCCUGCAAUAUAAGUCUCAUUUGGACACCGCAUCUCCUUGACCUCAGAGCACCUUCAUUUCAGUGCCAUUGUAAUUGACAGGUUGAAUUUAUGAGACACUGUCAAGGCUCAGUAUUAAUAGCAGAUAUUAAUGUCACCAGCGUUUUCCAAUAGAGAAUUAAUGGCAGUGUUGUCUGCAGCUAGUAACCCUCUGAAAGGUUCCUCCCUGCCUCCACACAGGCCUCGCUUUUCUGCUUUCUGCUCUAAUCCCUUUGUUUUAAUGACAUUACAACAGGGCACGCAGCAAAUCCCUCCCCUUCCCUGCUCCUUCUCCAUGACUUUGUUCCUUUUCAAGUCGUUUGUGUCAGCCCAGAGUAAGUGUGGAGCUGUCUGAGCAUGGGAAAUGCUGUGAGAGGUGCCCAGUGCUGUCCCUGCAUCCCUCGUGGUGGACACAGAGCUUGGCCUGACCCAGGAAUUCCUUAGAGAGAAGCCUGAGCUUGGUGGCUUCAGCUCAGGGAGGAGAGCCAGGGAUUCCUGUGUGCCUCAAAGCCCUGCAGACCUGCAGGAUGAGUCAGGCUCUCCUCUCUGCUGUUUAAUUGGCACCUCCGUGAAGAUGAAAAGCCUUUGGUUGCUGCUCAGAUCUUUGUUUGGCCAGACAUGCUCUGGGAAACCUUUCCUGAGAGCCUGGCCCCCUGAACAGCCCAGGGGUUGAGGCUUAGGGAUGUUCUUCCCAAAGGUUUUCUGUGUUCACACAGCACAGGGCUUAGGAUUGCCCCAAACUGGGAUUUUUAGAGAAGCAGGUCUCAAAUGCCAUAAACCUGAAAGAACCCCAAAGCCAGGGAGCAGAGAGAGAGCAAAGCUGCUGGGAGCUCAGCACUGGGCUGUGGGCUGGCCCAGCUGUGGGUGGGUUUGCAGGGCAAGGAGGGCCCCUCCAGGCUGCCACAGCUUAUCAGGAGGCACAGCCCAUCCCCAGGGAUCCCCAGGUGUGAUGUCCAUCCUCCUCUUCCCCCGGUACAGCCCCUGCAAUCCCCAGGGUGCUGCAGGCCUUGCCAUGGCUGGAGCUCUGAAGUGUCACUGGUGUGAAAAGUGUUUUCUGGGUCCCCAAGAGCCCUUUGGACCCUUAAAUCUGAAAGAGGAGUUGGAGGGCAUUUUCUGGCUACUGUUUUUAAACACCAGGUUCAUGCUGCUGCACUGGGUGCAAUGCCCAUCUUUCCUGGAGUUCUUCCAGGUGUACAAACCUUGACACACAUAUCUCUGUACUGUAUUUCUCUGGUUUUCCCUGACUUUUGAUGAGUUUAGCAGUGACAAGAGGCAACUCUGACUUGUUAAAGAGGUGAAACUUCAUUUCUGGAGGCAGGUGUGGGUCCCUACUUGAAAAAAUCUCUAAAAAAAUCUCAAUUCUCAACCCUGCUGUUGAGCAGGUGCUGCUGGGGCAGUGCUGCUGCACCUUGUCCAGGUGGGAAGGGGCUGCCAGGGGCUGAGGGCACAGCCUCCACUGGGAUUUCUCCAUGCUUGCUGCCAGCCAUGUGUGUACCUGCACUUUUCCCUUCUUCCCUCCACGUUCUGGAAGAGGAAAUCCUGCUUGGUCAACACAGCAUUGCUUCAGUGGCUGGUCUGGUGUGGUUCACACAAGAUUCCCACCAGCUCCCGUGUUUAAUAAGUCUUUCUUAUUCAAAACAACCCCCAAACUCCUCUCUCAGAAAAGCCAGCCAAGAUGCUCCUUUUUUUUUUUUUUUUUUUUUUUCCCUUCCAUCUUGUUCCUGUUAGAGGAACUCUGGGAGUCUGUCUUGGUGCUUUCACUCUUUCACAUGCCAAAGAUCCCUCUUAGUUACGCUCCUGCCAAACCAGAUCUUAUAGUCUUGCCUCUGAAACCAUCCACUUCCCUGCUCCUUGGGGUUCCUUUUGUUGCUGUUGCUUUUUCAUUGAAUUUCCUAGUGUUUAUUGACAUGUCUAUUGUUGAGCUUCCUGGACACAUGCAGCUCUCUUUUUUUGGGAUACAGGGAAAGACAAAUAGUUGCCUUCACUUCUGUGCCCCUGCUGCUGGGGAAAUACUGUCAGUGCUGUGAUUGCUACAGAUGGGAUGGCUCAUGUAGAGCUGGGGUCGUGGAGGGUGUAAACUGGCACUGCUCCAUUGGCUUGGCUGGAGGAAGGCCAGUUUUGUCCAGCUGAGAAUCUGUCCUUAGUGUCUAAACAGUUAUUACACACUAAUAAAGAUUAAUUAUCACAAAUCCCCAUGGAUUAGACAUAAAAUGGCAAGUUUUGCUCAUUAAUCUUUAUUGCCAUGUUAUGGUUGUUGAUGUUAGAGCAUGCUCCUCUCUCUGCUCUGGCCAUGGCCAGAGGAGGGGGCUGAGCCUGGGGAGUGGAAGGCUGGACAGAACACACAGAACACACCAGAUAUCCACAUUUCAUACUCUGUGUCCUGCCCCCAGGCUCCUUGUUUUCUUCAAAGCCCUCAAGCAGCAGCAGAGGAUGGAUCCCAGAGCUUUGCCUGCUCCUCUGGCCUCUGCCCGGGCUAUAAAACCCAGAUUGUUUCUGGUGUGAAGGGAGCAGAUCUCCUCAUUAAUAUUUCAGCUCAGCCUUUGCUGGAGCAGAUGGAGAAUGUGAAAUUUGCCCUGUGCUCUGCAGAGCUGGGUGAUUCCCUCCUGGAUCGUGGCUGGAGGAGUGGCAGCUCUGUUGAAGGCUGAAAGGACUCUGCUCCUUCACAUAACCCCACUCCAUACAAACAGUGGCUUUUGGCAAUAAAUAGGGCCAGAAAAAGCUGCAUCUCAGUUUGAGGUGUUUGCAGAUGAAUAAACACAGCCAGGAGCUGCUGGUGCAGUGCUGCAGGCACAAAGGUCCAUUGCUGGAUAAAAGGAAAGGACUCUCACAGUGCAGUGAACUUUAAGGGUGGAUUUAAUGGCAUGGGGACAAAUUGAGUGCUCUGAUGGGCAGCUGCUGUCAGUCCACUCUGCCAGGGAGGAGCAGGAGAGGCAGGACACAGCCUGAGCAGCCUGGCUGCCCUUGCCCUCCCACAUCUUCCCUCAGGCCCACAUUUGUGGGCACUGGGUCCCACUCAUCCCCAGCUCCAGCAAGGGGAGCAGAAUCUAAAACCCAAAAGAAACCCACAGGGAAAAACCUGCAGGUGACCAAGGCACGCUGCUGCUGCGUGGCCUUAAAAAAAGGGAAAAGCCUGGGAGAGGCUCUGGAGCUGACAGAAGAGAGGAGAGGCUUUCAAGGUGGUCUCAACAGCUUAAUGCUGAAAAUAGCCCAUUUUCAGGGCAGCAGGAGGAGGGUGUUCACCAAGGACAGCCAGGGAGCAGCUGGGGCUGCAGGAUGGUUGUGAUGAGUCCUUCAGAGCAGCCCUGGGAUGCUGGAGAGCUCUGGGCCUCUGUGGACACCUUCAUGUUUUUAUUUUCAUGUCAAAAUAUUUCUCAUCUUUUUAUUUUCAUGGGAUUUUACUGGCAGCCAGCAGGAAGGGGAAGGGGCCUGCAGUCCAUGGAGUGCUUUGGGGGAGGAAGGAGCUGCCUGUCCUCUCCAGUUCCCUGCUCCCAAAUUCCACAGCUGCACAGCCACCCUGCAGGAGUUUGUCCCUGCAUUUGCUGUCCUUUGGGAAUGCUGGGCAGCUCUGGAGCUGCAGCAGCCCUGCUCUGAGGUGUCCCAGCCCAGCCAGCAGCCAGGAUGAGCCACAAUCUCUUCCUCGGGAGCCUCCUGGUGUUUGAAGGACGGGGCGAGCGUCCAGCGGCCAUGAGGUUCUGCGGGGAUAAGGCGGGAGAAGCUUGGAAGUGGAGAUGGAAAUCUCAAAAGCUCAGACGUCUUUUGGUCAUUUCCAAAGCUCUCUGGUGUUGGCCAGACCUGAAAACCCUUCCUAGGAGUUUUAUUUCGGAGUAUUUUGAUCUGGUACUUUCGCUUUUGGGCUUAGCUAAAUCCAGGAAACUCGCAGUGGUGUAAUUUUUGAAUCAAGACUAAACACACCCCAAGUAUUCCUGAACCCAUCAGGAAAGCUGCUGCUUGGUUUAUCUUCCAGGAAUAAUUCAGGCUUGAAUUCAGUCUGGUUUUGCCCUUAGAUAAUGAUUCUUUUUGAGGAAAUAAUGAGAGCAGGCCGUGAUCUUUCCAAAAGGCUGUGACCUGACACACCAAGUUGUUCCAGGAGGUUGAUGGAGAUAAAUUCAGUGAGAGGGGCCAAUGUCUGGAGGCUGGAAGAGCAGCCUGGAGUAUCCAUGGCCUCCAAAAACUCACACAGACACAUUUUCCCCAGGAAUUGUGGGAAGGAGGUGUUGGGUUCUGCCAGAUCUCGGGAUUUUUCCCUCUAGGAGAGCCUUCAGCCAUCUCGGGGUGUCCCAGAACACCCAAAAACCUUCAGCAUCUUUAAGGGUUUGGUUUUUUUUCAGGAUGGAUACUGUGAAAAGUCAGGAAGGGCCAGGUGUCCUUGAUUUGCACAGCCAGGGUGAAGAGAUGUGGAUUAAGUGCCUGGUAAAAGCCAGAAAAAGUUGUGUUUAAAGAUAAAUCCCAGUCUCUGUCAGAGCUGUUGAGCCAGGAUCGAAUUUUCCUAAAUCCAGGUACAGCUGCAGAUCUCCCCAUCCAUACUGAGCCCAAAUUUAAUCACAAAUCUUGCAUAAACACCUACAGCAUGGACUCUGCCUUUUGGGGGGCUUCUCGCAGGCUGGGGCUCAAAAUCCAGUAUCCCCCAACCCAGGAUUUGGCUCUGAAUAUUCCCUUUAAAAUCCAUGUGUAAAGUGAAUUUCCAGGGCUCUGCCGCUGUUUUUAUUUUGGUAAAUUGAGUGGUUUGUGCUUGGUGAGAGCUGUCCCUGUGCCAGGGCUGCUGGAAAUAGUCACAACAUCCAAAAGAGCUGGAAUUCUGCAUUUUUUAAUAGCAAUACAAUGAGGGGAAGCUGCUAAAUGGAGCCUCUUGUAAGCUGGAAAUGUGUUGGAGUAAAAUUUGUGAUUUCUUGUAGGGGAAAAAACCCUAAACAACUCUAAAAUUGUCCAGAAUCUUAAAUGUUAGGAUUUACAGUUUUAUUGGCAAAGAUCCAUGUUUAUCAUCAAUAUAUGGGGUUUCUACACUUUCUGUCUUAAAGUGUGAAGUCUGCUUUUUAUUGAGAUGGUGGGAAACCUGUAACAAGAAUAUUUCUACAUCAUUUUGGCUAGGAAAAAAAACCCCAAACACCAAAAUAUGAGCAAAAAAAUGGAAAAGCACCCAGAUCCCAGUGGUCUCUGGUGUUGAAGAGGGCACAUGAACAUGUUAGGAAGGAGAAGACUUUCCAACCUCCUGUAAUGCAAUCAUUAUUUUACUUUAUUUUUAGGAUUUUUUUUAACACUAACAUCAUUUGGUUGCUUGACUGUGAAAGUCUGUGCUUUUCCAUCCCCAUGGAAGGCUGAUUAUUCUUUCUCAUGUUCUUCUUAUUUAUUAUUUAUCCCUUUCUGGUACUAUCCAAGAGGUGCUGAAGGUAUCUCCCAGCCUGCCCUAGAGCCAUGUGGAAUCCCUGUGGUAUCUCCUACCAGCUGGGAUGGCAGUACACACCUAAUUAUGAUUUUAAAUUAUAUUUAUAGCAACUUAGAUUAUUUUUCUUUUAGUGUCCUGGUUUGCUCUAGAAUUAGGGAUGGGGAUAAGGAAUCUUGUUUUUAAAACAUUGUAUUUUUUGAGUUUUCUUUUAACAUCUUGCUGGUUUCUGAAGAAACCUGCUCACUUUUAUGUUUUUAGGAGGGAAGCACGAGGUGGGUUUCUUGUUCCUUUGAGAGGGGAUUGAGUAGCACCAGGGUUCAGUUUAGCUGGUAAAAUGCUCUGUGUCACAUCAUUAAAACCACCCUGAAUUCUGAGAAAACAACCACUUUCCACCUGGAAAUUAAAAUCUGCUUGGUGACAAACUUGGUUUGUCCAAGGCUCAUGCCAGGCUUUUCUCUGUCAGAUUUCUAUGGAGUUUGCUGAGCCCUGGGUGGUCAGGAUGGGCCAAGGCAGGGCUGGGGACAGCCAGGUGUCACCUCUGGGGAUGGAGGAUACGUGUCCUGCAGAAAUAAUGGAGAAAUCCAUCUGCAGGUCCUGCUCUCUAGGGGAUGUUGAGGGGAAUCCCUGAAGUGUGGGAGAGAAUCAGGACUGGGGGCUCAAAACCCAUCAGCUUUUGUUCUUAUUAUUCCCUUUCUCCCCUUGGAAAGGAGCUUCAAAAUCCUCCCCAGCCUUUCUGAUAAAGAAUAACAGAAUCAGAGAGCCACAGAGUCAUUUAGGGUAGAAAAACCUUUAAAAUCAUCGAGUCCAACCAAAAACUCAGCACUGCCAAGGCCACCACUAACCCAUGUCCCCAAUUGCCACAUCCACACAUUUUAAGCCCUUCCAGGGAGGGUGACUCAAGCCCUUCCCUGGCAGCCUGGGCGCUGUGGUGCAGCUGUUUUCAGACAGCUCACGCUGCUUUUUCUGGGUUUUUCUCUUUUUUUCUGCUUUUUUUUUCCUGGUUUGUUUUCUUUCCCCAACGUAUAAGAAACGUUGGGUAGCAGAAUGUGGAAUUGAUUAGAAGUUCAUAAAGCAGGGACCUCAGAAGGAUGUGGGUAUAAAUGCUUUUCAGGCAUCCGAGGUGAACUUUAAAUGGAGCUUUGGCCCUCAUUUGCUUUCUGCUUUUCAAAAACCAUUUAUGAGAAAGUGGAGCUGUCAAAGCCAUGCAUGAACUUUGCCUUCUUGCAAAUAACUUGUCUCAAAGUAAAUUGUCCAAAUGCACAAGAAACUUGUCUCAAAGUAAAUCCAGUAGCUCUACAAAGCUGGAAUUGUGUGCAUUAGAGGGUGUGAGGUGUGUGUGUGUGUGUGUGUGUGUGUGCAUGUGUUGUGCUUGGGGGUGUGCAGGGAGUUACUCAACCAUUUUGAGAUUUACAAAAACACAAUGCAAGUGCUUUUAGAAAAAAAAAAAAGGCAGUGUAAAAUAUUUAUUUCUUGGCAGAAGUACAUCAGACCACAUCUCCCAUCCUUUUUUUAAUUGCUUGGUGUUUGUUUGUGUUGUCUCAGGCUUUGCUGGUUUCCUCUGCAGGGCUCUGUCACCUCACACAACCCCUCUCUCAGCCAGGCCACGGGGCAGCUCCAGCCCCUCAGGAGAGCCCUGGGGUGCAAGCAGUGAGCAGAGGCAGAGCUGGUGUUGGGUUAAAGGCAGCACAGUGCAACGUGGGUGAUUUUCAGUUUUCAGCCUUGUCGAGGGAACUCUUUCCUUGUGAGACUCCAAAGCACCACAGCCUGAGGCAGCACCCGAGUCACAGCCUUGGGGAGGGUGGUUGGGCAGGCAGAGCAGCUUGGAGGGUGUGAGGUGGCACUGGCAUGGGUCUGAGGUGGCACUGGCUGGUUGGCAGUGUCCUGUGGGCUUUGCCCAGGGUGUGGAGCUGCCCUGUGUGGGAUGGGCACUCCGAGCUCCCGUUCCCAGCCAGGUGCAGACAUGCCAAGCUCACAGACGUGUCCCUGUGCUCCAGAGUCCCUCCGUGGUCACCUGGCUGCCCACCUGCACAGCUGCACGUCUCCUCCCCCUGGAUCCACCUGCAACACUUCCCUGUGCUGCCUUCACCCAUCUCAGUGCUGUUCCUUGUGCCCUGGAGAUGAGCAGGGGUAGCAGAGUGACAGCAGGACUGUGUGUGUAACGUUUGAGAGGCUUUUACUCCAUGGUGUUGCUUUAAUGAGAUGCUUUUAGGAUCCGUGCUGCACUGGUAUUCUUUAACCUUCACUGCCACAGAUUCUUUUUCCCCACCCUCUUCACUUCAAUCAGAUCGGCAAAAUACAUUUUGCUUGAAAAAAAAUCCCCAAACAACCCCAAACCCUUCUGAUGGGAUAAGUUACUCCUCUUUACUGUGCUUUGAUUUGAUUUCUCAGGAUACUCAGAGGUUUUUCACUGCUGCUGAGAGGGGACAGUACACCUUUUUGGAGACUUCAACCACUGUAACAGUUUUCCAGAUGUGUGUGUGCGUGUGCGUGUGUGUAACCCAGCACUGUGCGUGCGUGUGUUCUGCUGAAUAUCGUGUGCAUCUCUGAAAUGCUUCAAACAACUGCCUGGAAGUCAAAAACCAACCACCUCUUUCCAGUCAUAUGUUUGCCGUGACUUUUCAUAACCACACUUGAAACUAGUGGUCUUGGAUGGAAAUAUUCAAAGAGCAGGGCAUCUUUAUAGCAAUGGUAUGUCAGUCGAAUUACGGGAAAUGUACACAAAAAUAAAUAAAUGAAAUUUAAAAGUAACGUU